AUGGUAGGCCCUUUCCAGUUCCGCGUGGGGGGCAAGGUGGAGGAAAACGUUCCGCGAAACAUCCUGGAGAAGAUCUUGUGGCUCAAGGACGGCGAGGUGGCGGCAUUCAAGGAGCGCACGCCGCCCUCCGCGCUCGCGCUCGCGCUCGACGGCGCGCCGCCCGCCCGCGACUUUGUGGGCGCGCUGCAGGCGUGCGAGGCGGAGACGGGCGACGCGCACCCUGAUCGCGGAGGUGAAGAAGGCGGCAGCUUUGAGAAUCUGGAGUUCAUUCGAGCAGCGGGCAUGGGGAGCCCGCUGCUGUGCAAGGACUUCGUGGUGGAUGCGUGGCAGCUGUACUGCGCGCGCACCAAGGGCGCUGAUACCGUGCUGCUCAUCGCCACUGUGCUGCCCGACCAGGACCUGUGCUACCACCCACUCCCUCGUCAUGGCCACCCUCAUCGAGGUGCCUCCCUCCCUGCCGCCCUGCCGCCCUGCCGCUCGGCUGCCCUGCCACCCUGCCACCCUGCCACCCUGCUCCCUCUCUCUGUGUUCCCUUGCCCCAUUACUCUUGUGCACAGGGAGAGGGAGAUGGAGCGGGUGCUGGCGCUGGAGGGGAUCACACUCAUCAGCAUCAACAACCGCAACCUCGGUACGCCCUCCACCUCGCAAUGUGCUCCCCCUUGCUGCGCCCUGCCCCGCUUGCCUGCGCGCUGCCAUGGUCCACAGCACGUGCCGCUGCCCCAUUGGUCCCCCCUUGCACCCGCAUCUCGCCAACCUCCGCCCAUGUACUGCAUGUCCCCCACCUUCUCCAUCCUUCCUUCUAGCCUCCCCCCUCCCCCCUUCCCAGGCACGUUCAAGGUGGACUUAGGCAACACGCAGCAGCUGCUGGCCAAGGAGAGGGGCGCUGCUAUCCGGGAGAGAGGAAUUAUGGUGGUGGGUGAGUCAGGCCUCUUCAUUCCCGGCGAUGUUGCCUUCGUGCAAAAGGCGGGCUGCAAUGCUGUGAGCAGGCGCAUGCCUGCUCAGCUCGCCCUCAUCGUCUCCACCUCUGUCUAUCCUCCGCGCCUGCACCCUCUCCUCCCCUCUUCCACCCGUCUUCCUCCUCAGGUACUGGUAGGCGAGUCUCUGGUGCGCACCAGCGACCCCACAGCCGCCAUCGCUGCUCUCUUCGGCCGCCCCCUCACCACCCACCAACCUGGCCAGCCCGAGCCCGCCCAGGCACAGGCACUGGCAUGA